AUGUAUAUUGUGGCCCACUAUCCUAACAAUAAUAAAAUUCGCACGGUACGGCCCAUUCGCGAUGGGCCCGUCAAGAGCCCCCGGUCAUCGUCGCCUCCUCCAUCUCGGCUCCAUCCGGCGAGAGUAGACCAAUCCCUUCCACCUCUGCCUGCCUCUGCGGAGCCUGAGCUUCUCCGGCUUCCCCUGCUACCCACGUCCCCGCCGCAGCCCCAUCCUCGCAUCUCCCCUGCCGCUGCCGGAUUCGCUCGCUCCGUUCCGAAGUUUAUACUUGGUGCUACUGGAAGCAGAUGCUGCUGCAUUACACGCCUGCUAUAUGUUUGCAACGCUGCACUUAUACCAUGUGUUCUGAGCCUAGUCAGUUACGCACACGGAGGAUUGUCACAGAGCAUGUCCUUAUGGAAGCAUUCUCGCUCACAUGCAGUCAGUUAUCAAACAAAAAUGGGUUUAGUUAGCUUUUCUCCCAAGAACAGAACAUCUUCUUGUCUGCAAAAUGCGACAUGCUUUGCCUGCUUCCAGCGACGGUCUCGAGGUGGAUUAUCAGCGAGAGGUCAUAUCCUAAAUGCUAAGACUAAUAUGACCUCACAUCACAAGUUUUCUAGUAUCAGCUGGAAGUCGAGAACGACGACAAGUUUAGCACAAAAAAUAGGAGGUACAGGCGCUGGGCUUUCCUUGAGUUUCGCAGUUUCUGGGAUAGCAAAUGUUGUUGGUCCGGUGGAUGAUGGCAUCGAUACCACCCACACUUCUGAAUCAUCCACUAGCUAUGCUCAUGGGAAGAAAGUUUACACAGAGUAUUCUGUCACCGGCAUUCCUGGGGAUGGUAGAUGCUCGUUCCGUUCUGUGGCUCAUGGUGAGUGCGUUAGGUCAGGGAAACCCAUACUUAAUGAGAAUCUUCAGAGAAAACUCGCUGAUGAUUUAAGAGCAUUGGUUGCUGCUGAGUUUAUCAAGAGACGGACAGACUGA